AGAAUUUCAGUAUAUAAGCGUAAUCUUGAUGUGGUCGGCAUUGUUAUUUUACGGUUAAUGCAUGACAAUCGUUUUUUGACAUUGUCUUACAGUAAAUGUUAAAUGCAUUUAUACACGUAUGUAGAUUACGCCUGAUAGAAAGCAUUUCUACGAUUUAUUGCCACGUCUCAUAAUAGAAAGAAAAUAUCAGUAAGUGUUACCGGUAUUACAAGAACGACAAAUUUUGUAGGUUAUAAAUACAUAUAAAAAGACAAUAUGGUUCUACCUGAAACUGCAAUGGAUUCUGGUAAGAUGAAAAUGGAGUUAGAUUAUAGCAGCAAUUGCGACACAAAAAUCCCAGAGUGCAAAAAGCUGGCACGGGAAGGAAAAUUGUACGAUGCUUUAGACCAAUUACUGGUAUUAGAAAAAUUGGCACGAACAGGUGCUGAUAUGAUAUCUACAUCUCGAAUUUUGAUUGCUAUUGUUGAAAUUUGCUUAGAAGCAAAAGAUUGGGCAGCCCUAAAUGAACAUAUAAUUUUACUGACCAAAAGACGUUCUCAAUUGAAACAGGCUGUUACAAAUAUGGUCCAAGAAUGUUCCACUUACAUAGACAAGAUGCCAGAUAAGGAAACCACGAUUAAAUUGAUAGAAACUCUGCGUACAGUAACAGAAGGGAAGAUAUAUGUAGAGGUUGAAAGAGCAAGACUUACUCAUCGUUUAGCAAAAAUCAAAGAGGAGGAUGGAGAUAUUUCUGGUGCUGCAGCUGUUAUGUUGGAAUUACAAGUUGAGACAUAUGGUAGUAUGUCACGUUUGGAAAAAGCUUCUCUUAUCUUGGAGCAAAUGCGAUUAUGUUUAGCAAAACAGGACUUUAUGCGUACUCAAAUAAUAGCAAAGAAAAUCAAUGUCAAAUUUUUCAAGGAUGAAAACGACAAAGAAGAGGCCCAGACUCUUAAAUUAAAAUAUUACGAUCUGAUGAUGGAAUUAGCUCGUCAUGAAGGUUGGCACUUAGAAUUAUGUAGACACAAUCGAGCAGUUCUAGAGACUCCAACCGUUAGCAACGAUCCUGAGAGGAAGCAUACUGCACUUUCACGAGCUGUUUUAUAUCUUGUACUCGCCCCUCAUGAACCGGAGCAAGCUGAUUUGACUCAUAGACUACUCGCAGAUAAACUUCUAGAUGAGAUACCGACAUACAAAGAACUGUUACGGCUUUUUGUGAAUCCAGAACUGAUAAAGUGGUCCGGACUCUGUGAGAUCUAUGAAAGAGACCUCAGAGCAACAGAAGUUUUUAGCUCCUCAACGGAAGAAGGUCUAAAACGGUGGACUGAUCUUCGAAAUCGCGUUGUUGAACAUAAUAUUAGAAUUAUGGCAAAAUAUUACACAAAAAUCACGUUAACUCGUAUGGCCGAAUUAUUGGAUUUACCGGUCGAAGAAACUGAAUCGUGUCUCUGCAAUCUAGUCGAAACUGGAGUGAUAAAUGCUCGUACAGAUCGACCAACUGGCGUAGUUCGAUUUACUGGAACACAAGAACCGGCUGCUUUAUUAGAUGCAUGGGCUGCUUCGUUAUCAAAAUUAAUGAGCCUUGUUAACCAUACGACCCAUCUUAUUCAUCAAGAAGAAAUGUUGGCUGUUGCUCAAUCCUAAAAGGUGACAAACAUUUCUCCUUAGCCACUGUUAACAUCGAAUUUAUACGCAAAAAUAUCCACGUACAAAUUUUAAAGGCUAACUAAACUGGUGAUGCUAAGUGCCAAAGUACGUUCCAAGUAGUUUGUUAUUUUCUAUAAUUAAAUACGAUCAUUUAGAUUCUAUAAUGUACGAUGUAUAAAUAUUUAUUACAACACGUAUUAUUCCGAUUUGAGUAUCCUAAUUUCGAUGUAAGGCAAUUUCAUUUUUAUUAUAUUUCAAUUCUCGCAGCCAAAGGGAAUCGAGCAUAUUUACCGAAUGUAAUUUUGCAUUUUCGUAAGGCAUUAAGGAAAAUAUUGUUAUCGUGCGUGCUUUGUUUUGAUCGUUUUACGAAUCAACAAUAUUUGAGUAACAUGUUCGUA